AUGUCCAGCGCAUCUGUAUCCGCACUGGCCCAAGUCAUGCGGCGUGCCGCAAAGGCGCUGCCGCCCAUCAAUUCGGCCAGUUUCGGCGAAUCUUUCGACUGGUUGGGCCAAUAUAAGGUGGUUCUGCUGGGCGACGCCAGCCACGGCACAUCCGAGUUCUAUGCCGCUCGCGCAGAAAUCACCAAGCGGCUCAUCAAGGAACAUGGAUUCAAGUUAGUAGCGCUGGAGGCGGAUUGGCCCGACGCCGAGGCGAUUGAUCACUAUGUGCGACGGUGGCCAGGCCAACAUCCUGAUCCGGUGAAGGCGGCCAGGGAUAAGGAAAGCCCUUUUCAACGGUUUCCAACGUGGAUGUGGAGAAAUCGUGAAAUGCAGGACUUGAUCCAUUGGAUGAGGGACUAUAACGAAGGUUUACCCCCAGAGGAGAAGGCCGGUGUGUAUGGAUUGGAUCUAUACUCAAUGGGGUCGAGUAUGAGUUCGGUGAUUGGAUAUCUACAGAAUAUCGACCCGGAAAUGGCCAAGGCGGCCAGAGAGCGAUAUGCUGGACUGCAGCGCUGGGUCAAUAGGGAACACCAAUACGGACGCAAGAUGCUCCAGACCAAAUACAUGGAGCAUCUGAAGUCCUGUGAGGAAGACGUCAUCAAAAUGCUUCUAGAUUUGCUGCGGAAAAGAUUAGAGUACUCGGCCAAAAUCAACGACGGUGAAAGAUUCCACAGCGCUGAGCAGAAUGCCGCGCUGGUGGUGGACGCAGAGGAGUACUAUCGCAAGAUGUACUACAGUGAUGUGGUCAGCUGGAAUCUGAGGGAUCUGCACAUGUUCGGAACAUUGAAGCGCUUACUCGACUUCCGGAAAUCCAAGGCCGUGGUAUGGGCUCACAAUAGCCACCUUGGAGACGCGCGGUUCACCGACAUGGGCACGCAGCGGGAAGAACUCAAUCUCGGUCAACUCUGCCGCGAGCAUCUCUCCGAUGUGGUCCUUGUAGGCUGCGGCACACACGACGGUACAGUAGCUGCCGCGCACGAGUGGGGUGGUGAUAUGCAAAUCAUGAAGGUCAAUCCGUCGCAAGAGGACAGCUGGGAGUACGUGGCCCACAGCACCGGCAUUCCGAGAUUUCUGCUUGAUAUGCGCAAGAAGCAUUGCGACGAAGAUACGCGCAGAGCACUUUCUGCUAGUCGGCUUGAACGAUUCAUCGGUGUGAUCUACCGUCCAAAGACUGAGCUGUGGAGUCAUUACAGCGGUUCCAGGUUGUCCAAGCAGUUCGAUGCGUAUGUGUUUUUUGACAGGACGCAGGCGGUUGGAGCGCUGGAAAACACACAGCCCCAUACGUCACUGCUCGAGGCGGAAACUUAUCCUUUUGGUUUGUGA